UCCAGCUUUUCAUCAACAUUGUGAGAGCUAAAACACUUUCUGCUCCUCUUGUCUCUUCUUGACAUAUACCUUCAUCAUAACUUCUCCCACUAACACACCAUUUUGUUCAAUAAAAUUGUGAUGGAAAUUCAAUUCCAACAACCAAACCUGCAGCAACAGAAAUCAGGUAUUGCAAUCACCAAAGGAGGAAAGUUGAAAGGGAGAAGCAGAAGCAACAACACCAACAAAUUUGUUGGAGUGAGACAAAGGCCUUCAGGGAGAUGGGUUGCUGAGAUCAAAGACACAACUCAGAAGAUAAGAAUGUGGCUUGGCACAUUUGAGACAGCUGAGGAAGCAGCAAGAGCCUACGAUGAAGCUGCGUGCCUUCUUCGCGGAUCAAACACUCGCACCAACUUCAUCACUCAUGUGUCCUUGGAUUCCCCUCUUGCUUCUCGAAUUCGAAAUCUUCUUAACAACAGAAAAGGUGUAAAAAAACAGGAAGAUACUAAUGCUAAUGCAAAUAAUGCACCUGCUCCAAAAGUUACCACUACUAGAAGUGCUAGCACUUGUACUAGUACUAGUACUAGUACUAGUACUAGUAGUAAUUCAAGCAAUGGCAAUGACAAGAAUGAUAAGUCUCUUUCUACCGCAAAUACUCGAAGUUCGAAUCUGUUUGAUGAUGCUUAUAAACCAGAUUUGAGCAAUUGCAGGGAGGAGUUUGAGUCAGGUCAUCAAUCCAAUGCUUCAUGGGGCUUUGGAACUGUCUUUGAUCGUUUUCCUAUUGCUCAAAUAUUGGAUAUACCAAAGAUUGAUGAUGGCCUCCUCACUAAUGCAGCUGACUUGGAGCUUUCAGAAUUUGAAAGAAUGAAAGUUGAAAGACAAAUAUCAGCUUCACUCUAUGCAAUUAAUGGGGUGCAAGAGUACAUGGAAACUGUUCAGGACUCCAAUGAUACUCUCUGGGAUCUUCCACCCUUAUGCUCAAUGUUCUGUUAAACUUGAAGGUCUAAAUGAUCCUGCAAUUGUUCCUUCUCAAUGUCAUUAGUCCUUUUUAUUUUGCUAUUAUUGAAAAUUCGAGGGAGGGGUGUGUGAUCUAAUUGAAAUAUUACAAAAACAUAUAUAUAGCUUUGGUGAGAUAUAAUUUUGUUUUCCUAACUGCUUAAUUGUCAGCAGGAAGAUCCAUGAGUUGCAUUUUGUGAAAGCUCUUUUUCAAUCCUUAUUAUGUAAAAAGUCUGAGCACUUAUGUUCCUCUUUUUCACAUCCUAAA